AUGUGUACGUCAAGUGUGAUCCACAUUUUAUUUUUCUUAGCCUCUUCCUUACACGUGUCCGCCUCAUUGUCUGAAUCGUGUUCGCCACCGCCCCAAAUAUCGAUAGGUGUCAUCGCCUUCUCUUUCAAGGUUCUAUGUUUAUCUCAGAAACCAACACUCUUUAUCGGAUCUACGAUCCGUCGACCAAUUAUGUCCAGGUUUGAUUCUACAAUCAUCCAUCCUCUGUGUUUGAUUCUGCAAUUUGGGACAACAUUGAAAAAGAAAAGCCCUUGGCAAAGUGGCCCUUCUUCUUCCACGGAUGUGGAUAAAAAGAAAGAGGGACAAAGGUAUUCAACUUUCAUCACAUGGCAACUGUCAGGAAUACUAAAAUCAGAAGGAGCUUUCGUGACUUGCUGCCAAAGCUCAAAAACCCAAUAUCACAUCGAGGAGUAUUUUGUCUGGUCAAUUUAUGGUCAACGCUGGAGCCGAUGCAUGAGUUACUACAGAAAUGGUGAUUAUAAAUACUACAAUCGAAUUCAAUUUCCACAAUUGGGGAACAUUCUUUGGAAUUCAUGUAUCAUCAACACCAUUCGAGCUCGCAUACACAGAGUUAACCCUGGCCUUAGGAACCGUUGGGGGAUAGAGACAAGUAUAUGGUCAUUUACGGAUCUUUCAUUGAUAUUUUACUACUAUAUUAAAUUGGUUGAAGGACAUACAACUAUCAUCUAUGCAAAUGUUCAGUGUAUAUGUUGGAAGAAGCGUAUCAUCCCUAUCUUGCCACCAUUAAUUAAUGAUGAGAACUUCAAGAUUCAAGAAGCAUAUUGACAUGUUGGUUUCAAUGGUUCUUGGUCCAUGCUAAGAAGUUGAUGGAUGAUGAGGUCUUAGUUCAUCUUUAGAAUCGAAAUCUGUAAUGAGGAUGUUGUUUAAUUUACUCCCUGCACUCUCUUUAUUUCUUUCUUGAUGAAAUUGUUCUCUACAUUUGUGCAACUUUAAACAGUGUUAUUGCAGCAGAUAUAUAUCCUAAUACCCAUCAAACCCC